AUGGCCGCUACUUUCCGCCCUCACGCCGGCCAGGCCACUUCCACUCUCCCCAUCAACAUGCCUUCCAAGGCACCAGCCAGCACCAAUUACUUUUCAAUCUCUCGCGUUGCAGGCUCUCCGCCGGAGAUCUCCGAUGUCAGCACAACCACCGGAAGUGCCAGCGACUUUGACGUUUCGUCCUCGGGCUAUUCUGGAGUUGAUGUCAUUGACACUCUAAACGACCGCAUGAGCAACGUCUUUGAUCCUACCAGACUCGAUAAGAGCAUUGCGAAACAGACUCAGCUCUCCGGCCAGCUCAACGCCAAACAGCGAGAACUCCAAGAACUUCAAGCACUCAUGCAACGCCGUAUCAAGGGUGCCAGAUCAAACUUUGCGGAAGGAAUCAAAGCCGCAAAGGAGACCAAAUCCGAUCUGGAAUGGACCCAAAAGCGCAUUAGCUCUAUGAAAGUGAAAGCGGAACGAAAUCUCCCAAGCGAAUACCGCUUGGCCAGCAGCAAAUACGCGUUUGACGACGAUUGCUAA